CCCACGGCAGCGCAUCAUUGGUAUCACAUUGUAUGUUUUACGCAAUUUUGUUACGAGAACAUCAUACAAUCAUUUAGAAAAAAAUGCGAGCUUAAUACAUAUAUAAAAUUACAUAAAUUAUAUAUCUAUAAAUAUAAUAAACAGUAUAACAAAAUGUCAGGAACAUUUUUAAUACUGGCCGGACAAAGAUCAGCAUAUAAAUGGCUUAAGCAUUGUCAUAUAUCAUAUUUAUAUAAGGAUGUGAUUAAAGACUCACGUGUUCAUUGUGCAGUACAAUAUUGUGUUUCUGUAAAGGAUAAAAACAAUUUGUCUAAGAUAAAGGACUUUACAAAAUAUGAAGAUGUAACAAAUACAAACAAUUUGCAUUCAAAUACUAAAUUGGGAGAGAAAGAGCAAACUUACAAUAAGGAAUCCUUAAAAAGAUUGGAACGGUUGUAUCCAGAUCCCAAAUCUUCUCUAAUGUCCAUUUACACAAUAAUCAGUCAUGAAUUUAACGACAAAACAGUAUUAACUUCACGUGUUGUGGGAAUAAAGAAUUCUACAUUAUGGGAAAAUACUUUAGAUAUUAAAUGGCCAGAACCUAUGUCUUUUAAAAGUAUUGGUAAAACCAAAAGAGUAGCUAUUAAAAAUGCAGCUUUCAAAUGUUUACAGUGGUUGGAAAUGAAUGGCAAAUUGAAAAAUGGUAAACCUAUUAUCUAUGAUAACAUGGAUAUGGAGAAAAUGCAAUUAAAACCUAUUGAUUUAAGUCUUAAUUCUGAACUUUUGCAUAAGAUGACAUAUUUGAUUGAAACUUAUGAAACGAAAAUACGUCACAUGACAACACAAGAAAAUGUUUCCAAUAAUGUUACCUACAAUCUAUUACAUCAGAACAUGUCUCACCAUCAUUCAAUUCUUGGAGAAGCAAAUACUGAUUACAUAAAUACUGAUGACCGUAAUAAAACAUUGAGACAUAGAUUAUUUGAAAGACAUACCGAUGAAGCUGUUAAUCUACCAAUCAUCAAAUUUAGGGAUGAAAUUCUCUCUAAAUUAGAAAACAAUCAGGUUUUAUUGAUACAAGGUGAUACUGGUUGUGGCAAAACUACUCAAGUUCCUCAGUUUAUUAUAGAUAGUUUUGCAAGGAAUGGAAAUGCUACUGAUUGUAAUAUAUUGGUAUCGCAACCACGUAGAAUCUCGGCGAUCUCUCUUGCGGAUCGCAUCGCACAUGAAAGAGGAGAAGAAGUGGGAGAUGUUGUGGGUUUUCAAGUGAGAUUAGAACAAGUACUACCAAGGGAACUCGGUGGGAUACUCUUUUGUACUACAGGUAUAUUGUUGAGAAAAUUACAGAGCAAUCCCGGUUUAGAAGGAUGUUCUCACGUUAUUUUGGACGAGGCACACGAACGUCACAUCGAUACUGAUAUGUUAAUGAUUUUACUCAAGAAGGCCCUAAAAAUAAAUCCCAAUUUAAAAGUCCUGAUUAUGUCGGCGACUAUAAACGCGCACAUGUUUCAACAAUACUUCAAUUGUCCUGCUGUUAAAGUACCUGGUAGAUUAUACCCCGUAAAAAUGCAUUUCCUAGAGGAUAUCGAGAGUUUACCAAAUAUGCGAAAAUACCGAGAGUAUGGUUAUCAUCGUUAUAAAAAUGACGAAAAUGAAAGGCUCCUAGUUGAUUAUGAAAAAAUAGUACAGAUUAUAAAAUGGAUCUCUGAAAAUAAAUCGCCUGGUGCUAUUUUGUGCUUCUUACCUGGAUGGAAUGAAAUUACACAAGUGCAGAAUAUGCUAGAGUCUUUUCCGCUUAAAAAGGAAAAACAACUAAUCUUGCCGAUCCAUUCCAAAAUAUCGCACAGCGCGCAGCGCAAGAUUUUCGAGCAUACAUCUGCGGACGUACGGAAGAUUAUUUUGGCUACAGACAUUGCUGAAACUGGCAUCACCGUUAGUGACGUGGUUUACGUUAUAGAUUCUGCCAUACGAAAGGAAUCGCGAUGGGAUAAUGAUAAAGAUUUAUUGUAUAUAAGCAAUCGCUGGGUUUCUCAAGCAAAUAUUCAUCAGAGAAAAGGAAGAGCCGGGCGAGUUAAACCUGGUGAAAGUUAUCAUAUAAUUACAAAAGCAGAGUAUGCAAAAUUGGAGCCACAUCCAUUGCCGCAAGUGUUAUGUAAUCCUUUAGAAAAAGUAGUUCUCGAUACUAAAACGUAUACAAACGAAAAGGCAGAUCAAUUUUUGAGUGGCUUGUUGGAACCGCCUAGUCUGGUUUCAAUACAGAAGGCGGUAAAGAAUUUAAUAGAUCUUGGAGCUUUGGAUGACGAGGAGAAUCUUACAGCAUUGGGUAAACGAAUAGCAUUAUUCCCAAUGCAUCCUAAAUUUAGUAAAGCAUUGGUAUAUUCCUCUAUUUUCAAUUGCAUACAUCCUAUUGUAACGAUAGCUGGUGUAUUCUCCAGUGAAAACAAUCUUUUCUAUGGUAUACUGAAUCACAAGUCUGAAAUCAGGGAAAAUAAAAAAUUGUAUCAUCCAUCUAGUGAUCAUAUUGCAAUGGCAUGGAUAUAUAAGCAAUGGUUUAAACACCAUACCACGAGUUCAUAUUUAGUACCAAGGUUCUGUAAACAAAUGAAGCUUCGGCAGAACAGAAUGGAAAUAUUAAGUCAGAUUCGAAAUACGUUUAUUCAACAACUGAUUCAAAACCGUUUAUUGAACAAACAUACAACUUUUGAUAAUUUUGACGAUGCAAUGAAUAAAUAUGAGAAUAAUGACGAACUAGUACGAGCUUUGUUAUAUUCUGCUACACAGCAAUUGAUAGAACAUAAAGACAUGGGAUUCAAAAAUGGAAUUCUGAGAAAGGGUGUCAAUGAACUUCGAACUCAGAGUCGUGCUAAAGUUGUUAUUUCGGGAGAAAGUGUUAAUUAUAAGCGGAAAGUUUGGCCAUCUUCUUACUUGACAUAUUUUAAUAGUACGCAUUGCGAAAUGAGACGUGGUACAGUGGUUCGUGAAACAAGCAUGAUAUCGUCUCUGUCAAUAUUACUUUUUAGUCAGGCAAAAACUCGAUGUUACGAGCAAAAUGAUGGCAGAAUAGAAAUUGUAAUUAAGAUUAAUCCACGAUAUAUUUUAAGAUUUUCUUGUGACAAGGAGACCGCUAAUGUGCUCUUACAAUUUAAGAAUAUUAUGUGGUCAUUAGUACAGUACUCAUUGGAGAAGCAGGGAGUUGUCGAAUAUAAUGAUCUUGAUUCAAAGCAAAUAUUUGAGUACAAAGAUGAAUUACUUGAAACUCUUUCAGAAAUUCUGCAUGUGUCGUCUAAGUCCAUAGAAAAUGCAGAUGAAAAAAUUUCUAAAAAUGAUAAAAUAUAAAAAUGUCUUAAAUGUAUAUAAUAUGAUAUAUUGUAUAUAAUAAUAAUAAUAAUUCUGAAGUUUUAAGUAACACUAUCUUUUUUGCAUAUAGAGUUAUUUAUAAUUUAUGAUUAUGUAUUCUUGUUAUAUAUAUGUAUAUAAAAAUACAUUAAAAACAUUAAUAAUUACAAAAAUAUUAAAGCUAAAUAGUAUUAAGUUAGAUAAUUGCUAAAAAAAUUAUGUUGGAAUCUUUUGCUUCAAAUUUAAUUUAAUUUAAAAUUUCAUUCUUUAUAUGUAAACUACAGAAUUAAAGUUGAUCCCAACACACACAUAUUAAAGAGAGGUUUCAACAAAUGUGAUAUUUUCUGUUUUCUUAUGCACUAUCACUGUAACAUGAUCAAAUGGUAAAUAUAAAUAAUAAAGUAAAAAAUUUCGGAAAAGAAUAGUUAUGCAUCCAAGAGACUUGGUGACUCCCACGUUUAAGAUUUUGGAUAUUUCUGGUUUGUUUGUUUAUUUGUUAUUGUAUGUAAGCCUCUGAAUAUAGUGUACAGUAUGUAAGUUUACAAUACAAUAUGUAGAGUUUAUAUCUCCAGGUUGUUUACAGAUUGUUUAGUUUUUGAAAGAAUAUAAUCAGGUAAAAGAUGACAUUAACAUUCCAAUAAUAAUGAUUGUAAAAAAUAAUAUAUUUAUUCUUCAUUAUAGGAAGAAUGCGAAGAAAACAUUUUUACACAUUUUAACAUAUACGUAAUUAUUUAAUUAGACAUUCUGCAUCUUUUUCCCAUUAACAGUUUUUAUUAUAAAAUAUUAAGAAUUUGUUACAAACAUAUGUACAAUCACGUGUGAUGUUUUUUGUAAUUAGGACAUAUAACAACAUCGUUUCGAUUAAAAAGUACAAGAUAUUGAACAAUAUAAUCAUAUAACGCAAUAAAAAAGUCGAGACACA